GAAGAAGGAUGACAUAUCCUGCAAGAACCAGCUAUACCUUGAUUCCAAACCAGAAAUAUCGACGAAGCUACCGUCGUUCCAGCAAGUUUAGCAGCACCCUGGAUGCAGAUUCUCAAUCUCUGUCAACCCUUGGGAAUUUCAAAGCACUCCCCUUAGAAAUCUUUCAGAUGGUUUUAGAAUAUCUGCCAGUGAAGGAUAUCAGCAUGCUAAGCAUGGUAUCAAAGACUAUCAGCAGCCGCCUUAUUAAUUACAUCUCAACUCCUACAGGAAACCGAAGGCUUUUGCGGCAGGACUUUCAUAAUCCUGAGCUAUCUGGCUGUAGGAAAGGAUCCUCCAUUCUAGAACACUACAAAUCCUUAGGCCUGUUGUUAAAAAGGUGUACCUUAUUGCUGCCUACAAAGGAGAGGUUGAGGUACAUACACAAGAUACUUUCAGAAAUUUCCUGUUUUAAAUUUAGUGGCUGCUCAGAUCCAUUUCAUUGUUUAGGACUACAGUGUUACGGAGUAUUUUUACAGACUUUAACAGCAGGUUGGGAUGAAUUAGAAUGUCAUCGGGUUUAUAACUUCCUCUGUGAGUUGAGCAAUUUACCCCGGAGAGUGCAGACAGUUGUUGGCAGCAAACCUGGAAGUGCCCGAAAACUGGAGCUGAGGAUAAGGAUCUUUUGCCGCAGUGUUCUUUUAAACCAUUGGAUUCAUCGGAGUGAUUCGGCAUUUUGGCUGACACGUAUUUUAAAGCCAUGGCCUAUGGUAAAUCAAGCCCGGCUUCUAUAUAUACUGUUUGGGCCUGCCUCUAACUUGGAUGGGCAUGUGGUUUGGCAGAAAACGACUGAUGGUCCAGCAGACGAAACCAGUUUGAAAGGGUUGGCAGAUGCCAUUAAACUACUGUAUGACACAGAAGCAAAAGAGUGGACAGCAGAUGAUGUCAUCAGUUUGUUGGAUGAACUUGCAGUGGUUCCCCAUGACUGGCUUCUGGAAAACAGUGUCCGGCUCCUUAUCUUGUGUGGAAACAAUAUCUGCUUCACUUUUAUGGCUAGUAAAGCUGUGAACGGUCGAGCUAUCGAACUGGCAAGGCUGGUGGUUUUCCUGGCUUUGGUAUGUGAGAAGGACCUCUACUGCAUGGAUUGGGCUGUUAAAAUGAUGCAGAAAGUCUGCAAGGUUUUCAGUACUCCAGGUGAAAGGAACAACUUCCUGCAAGGUGUGGAGAAUUCUUUUGCACACAUUAUCAUGGAAGCACUGCAGUCAGUGAUAUCAGGGGAGCACGAUGAGGAAGACAGCAGCUUUCUUAAUCUAUUUCAUCUGGUAAAUGCACAGGCAAAUUUUCAUAAGGAAAUCCUUUAUCUGGCCAUGAGCAACAGCAUGUAA